UUCAUGGCGACUAAGAAAAUAGUUUUUUCUAUUACGAAUCCCAAAGAACAAUUUGAUCCAAAACAAUGCAAGUCCUCUCCGGAGGAUACCAAUUACUCGCAAGGGGGACAAUGGCUCCGUGCAGCUGUGAUGGGAGCCAAUGAUGGCCUAGUUUCUGUUGCAUCUCUAAUGAUUGGUGUUGGAGCUGUGAAACAAGAUGUCAAUGCCAUGAUUCUUUCUGGAUUUGCUGGUCUAGUCGCGGGUGCAUGCAGUAUGGCAAUAGGAGAAUUUGUUUCAGUGUACUCUCAACUAAAUAUAGAAGUAGCUCAAAUGAAGAGAAAUAAUAAUAUGGUUGAAAAUCAAGAAGAAAAAGGGACAGAACAGCUGCCUAAUCCUAUGCAAGCAGCUCUAACAUCGGCUCUAGCAUUUUCCAUAGGCGCGAUUAUUCCUUUACUUGCUGCUUCCUUCAUAGGAGACCAUAACGCGGGGUUGGGAGUCGUGGUGGCAGCGGUGACCUUGGUGCUAGUGAUUUUCGGAUGGAUUGGGUCAGUUCUUGGAGGUACUCCUGUGGUGAAGUCUUGUGUUAGGAUUCUGUUGGGAAGUUUGAUUGCUAUGGCCAUUGCUUUCUGACUAAUCACACUUAUUGGUACUAGUUUUUACUGGACUAUAUAAGAAAAUCUAUCUUGUCUUCUUUUAUGUCACAAGUGUGCGCCAAUCAUAUAUGUAAUAAAAGGAGUUUUUUUUU